AUGAAGAAGUUUCGGACAGGCCCCGAAGCGACACCUCGCACAAGCAAUGAGUCCAUGGCUUCGUCAGACUCUGAUCCAAUUGGCUCUGGAAGCGGCAGAACGCAACAAAAGUUCACUUUGAACCUGAGCCGAAGAGGUCGGCCCAGAAGAACCAAGUCGGCGGACCAUGCAGGUGAAGACCCAUUGAGCAAUCUGAGUGGCCACUCGAGCCAUCAUGGGGGCAAUUAUACGACCCUCAAAAUGUGCAAACUCUGUACAAAAAAGCCUCUGAGAGUAACUGCCAGAGACAUUCAUGGCGCUGCCGAAGCCCACAAUUUGGGUGAUAAUGGGUUGAUUGAAUUGAUCCAUUCCAUUCGCAACCAAAAGAUAUAUGCUCACUGCGGCGGAGAAGAGUCUGUGGAACUCGAGCAAGCAGAUGAUAUUGUGUCUCGGGCCCUUGAAAAAACAAAGGCAAUGCAGACCGAACGAGAGGCCAACUUCACCGCCAGUGACAUGUCCAUUUACCGAGCCAAUUUAGAAGCCAUGGGCAAAUUUGAAUGGGACGAACUCAAAAUAGGAGCCCUGCUGGGUGUGGGAGGUUUCUCCAAUGUCUCGGAACUCGCAGGAUUCCGAUUGGCAGACGGCGGACAACGCAGUUCUGUUGGUUCUGCUGAUGGACUCCCCAAAGCAACGGGAUUGCACAUGCCUGAUACCAGUGCCAACGAAUAUGGGGGUGCCUACACCAAAAAGGAACUGGUCGCUCGCAAGUUUUUGGAAAAGCAUGCCAUCAGAGCCACUCCCGCGUUGACAUCGCCCACCUCCGUGACAACAUCUUCAACCUCCAGUCUGCCCAAAGGAUCUUCCCAUUCAAUGACAUCAUCCACUCGAACUCUAGACAGCAAGGGUGAAACUGUCUCGUAUCGGUAUGCUCUCAAGCAUCUCCGGCCCGGAUUGAAAGACGUUUACGACAAACGAACCUUCAAUUGUGCUGCGGUUGAUCUCGUUUGGGAAGCACAGUUCCUGCUUUCGGUACAGCAUCCCAACAUCAUCAAACUGAGAGGAUUUGCUGUGGCGGGACCAUCCGGCUAUCGCAGUGGCAAACACAAUGGAUACUUUUUGAUCCUGGAUCAGUUGCCAGAAACAAUGGAGCAAAGACUAAUAGCAUGGAGAAAGCGAGUCAAAAAGUACAAGGCGGUCAAGAACAGUCUUGUCUCGAAAAUGAUCUUGAAAAAGAACAGAGAGACCGCCAGUAGCAAGCUUGAUGAGCUGCUCGGAGAGCGAUAUGCUGUGGCCUAUGAAAUUUGCGGUGCCAUGGAGUAUCUUCAUGAAAGACGCAUGGUUCAGCGAGACUUGAAGAUUUCCAACCUCGGUUUUGAUGUACGAGGCGAUGUCAAAUUGUUUGAUUUUGGAUUGAGCCGGUGGUUGCCGACCAGUUUGCUGCGAGAUUCAAUCAAGACCCGAGAGGCUGUCUUGGAAGAAUCCUUUCACAUGUCGAGUGUUGGAACCAGAAUGUACAUGGCGCCUGAAGUCAUUCUACGACAGCCGUACAGUACCCGAGUCGAUGUGUACAGUUUUGGAAUUCUGCUCUGGGAAAUACUGGCCUUGGCAGAUCCCACGACAUGGUGUCUCUGCGACGAUAGCAAAGAAGCCGUGGAAAAGGCAGCACCCAAAAUGCCAGACCAAAUGCCUCUCUGUCCGUGCUGGCCAGAGCCACUUCAAGACACCAUGAAGAGUUGUCUAUCUGCUCAGCCCAACAAACGACCCUCCUUCACAGCGAUUCGAAAAGUAUUUCGUGAGGAAUUGCAAGUUGCUGUCGCAAGCAUACGCAGUACCGGACUUCCAUUGCCCGACGUUUCGGAUUUGAAAUAUGCCAGUGACGAUGAUCUCCCCAGCAGCCGUGUGCUGGGUGUAGGAACGGACACUGAUGACGAGGAAGAAGGAAGAGAUCAGUUGAUGGAUUUGUCCAACAAAGUGGAAGACUGUGUGGGGUCGCCGCAGGAGCGACGUCGUUCUACUCACGUCCUCAAUUUCCAAGACUUGUCAUGGUUAUCGUCGAACAACUCGUUCAACACGAGCUUAACUGGCAGUGACAAAGCCGGAGCUGCUGGUGAAAGAAUGGCAAUCGUUGAAGAAUCUCAAGUGCAGCGAUCCAGUGGAUAA